ACCUGGUCGGAGACCUUAGGGGCCUGAAAGGGGUGGGCGUCAGCCGAGAUCUGGACUACUCCAGCAGAGGCCGGAGGGGCGCACCAUUCAGCGCCACUCGGGAGUCCCCCUUGAAGGGGUAGUCAACCCAAAGCUGGACCUUAUCAGCGGAGCCAGGAGAUAUCAGCCUAGUGUUGGAUUGUUCCAGGGUGAACAGGAGGCGAUCAUUGCCCAAGGGAAAAGUGGGCACGAGAGGGAAGAAGCAGAUAUUUGAAGAGAACAGAGAGACUCUGAAGUUCUAUCUGCGGAUCAUACUGGGGGCCAAUGCCAUUUACUGUCUUGUGACCUUGGUGUUCUUCUACUCAUCUGCCUCAUUUUGGGCCUGGAUGGCCCUGGCCUUCAGUCUGGCAGUAUAUGGGGCCAGCUACCACUCUAUGAGCUCCAUGGCACGGGCAGCCUUUUCUGAGGAUGGGGCCCUGAUGGAUGGUGGAAUGGACCUCAACAUGGAGCAGGGCAUGGCAGAGCACCUUAAGGAUGUGAUCCUACUGACAGCCAUCGUGCAGGUGCUCAGCUGCUUCUCCCUCUACAUCUGGUCCUUCUGGCUUCUGGCUCCGGGCCGGGCCCUUUACCUCCUCUGGGUGAAUGUGCUGGGCCCUUGGUUCACAGCAGACGGUGGCACCCCAGCACCAGAGCACAAUGAGAAACGGCAGCGCCGACAGGAGCGGCGGCAGAUGAAGCGGUUAUAGCCCCUGACACUUCGGCCACAGGCUGCAUGGCCCCCAUGCCAGGAGCAAGGAGGGCCUGCCUAGUCCAGGCCCAAAAGCAGUCUAAGGUAUAGGAUUAUUGAAUAAAUGGCUCA